AAUAAUGGCGACUCACACAAUGAAAAAGAUAUACAGUGUUUUGAUGAUUGUAGUUUUAUUUACGAUGAUGGUUUCAACAUGUGCGAGUACGGUAGAAAUGUGUGUUAAGCAUUGUGUCCCAAAUCAGUGUAUGAAAGUUUCUAAAAAGGCAACUCUUCCUUUAUGUGAAUGCUUGCAAAAAGUUCUGCAACCAAAACAAAUUUGCUGAUAUGAAAUUCUACACGCCUCCUGA